AUGUCAACCUCUAAGGCAGAAUCCAAAGUGAACUUCAAUCAAAUUAUCGGGUCACCGGGAAUUUUACAAACGGGCAUGGAUAUUAUAAUUUUCUGGUCAAAAUUGAAGAACUUUUUCUUGGCAAAUUUAAUCGAAAAUAUUAUUCAAAAACGAGCCAUAUUAUUAUCGUCAAUUAGCGGAGAAAUACAUAAAGUGCUUUACGGUUUAUGCAUUCUUAGCGUACCGGAUGAUAUUGAGUAUGCUAGUCAUAUAAAAAAGUUGAACAAAGUUCCAGAACAUGUGAAGUCGUACUUCGCGGCUAGACAUACAUUUUAUCAGGCCAAAAGAAGACAAGAUGAAUCUUUGUGCCAAUAG